CAAUUAUCAGAUAGCUGAAUAUAAAAUGAAAUCGACUGUAGAACAGGUAGCAUAUUGAGAACGGAGAACAACUGGAAACAUCGAUAUCAGUCUGUAGUGUAUAUAGCAGUGUCAUUUCAUCAAUCAUCUCACAUAGUGUAGUAUCACCUUUCGUGAACGGAUUGUUUAUUAGAUUGUAAUUGCCAAAUAAUAUAAUUAUGCAUAUCACACAAACAUACACCGGAUAUACCAGUGCUGUUUUGAUCAUUGCGCUGUCAGUCAGUUUACAAAUACAUUUUGCUGAAAGUCGGUCGCUUUCUACAGAUGAAUAUUUCCCAAACACGAUAUUCAAAAGGAAUUCUUGGUUUAGUAAAAAGUCAAUGGACAAUUUACCACCAGCUUCACAGAAACAGAUCGAUAUCACACCAAUGCAAAUGGAAAGCGGUUGUGAGGAGGCCCUCUCUGUAUACAAGUGCUAUGCUGAUGUAUGCGUACCAGAGUUCGUGGAAUGCUCGAGGACGUCUAUGAGUAACGAUUUGUAUGAAAUGUGCAAACUUGAACACAGCAUGUGUGCGUCACGGUGCUUUAAUGGGUCGGGACCGGAAAUGGAACUUAAAUGACACCACUGAAAUGUGUUAGCAGAGAAUUUAUUUCACUGAAUGUUGACAUUUUGCAAAUAUUUUCUUUUGAAAACUAAUACAUUAUAAAACUUGACUUCAUCUCCCGCCACUGCAUAGCCAUGUCAAUAAAAGUGUAUAUUUUCAUAUGCCGUACAUGUGUUAGUCGUCUUCUGUUUCAC